UUAUUCCGAGCGGCUGGCAGGCCGAGCUGCACCAAGUCUGCAUGUUUGUCUAAAAAUCUGCAUCCAAACCGGCUCAAAAGACCGGAGUGAGCUCCUGGAGACAUAUUUGAAGCCAUGUGCGCCCCUCAGAAGCUGUAAACCGGCGUUCAAACAAUAAACUGGGUGUUUUUGUGGCUGCUGUUGUUUUAUCCUGCGCAUGAUGACGCGUGAACGCGUGCGGCGGUCCGGAUGCGCUCCGCACGGCGCGCCGCGGCAGCGGCAGCGGUAGCGCAGGAAGUGUGUUGUUGAAGCGGCGGCGCGGCGGGGAAACAGCCAAGAACCAAAAGUCGGUUGUAGACAGGAGGAGGAAACAAAUAACCAUGCCUAAUCCGUGAAACUUGCACAUUCUGCAUCUCCCCGCUGUGCAUCGUUGAGCGUGCGGGCGCAGAGGCCAGCUGAGGUGAUACCUCAUUGGCUGGUGUGACCCCCGCAGGCCCGCCACCUCCCAGGGUGGGCCUCGAUCAGCUGGACCUGCACUGAGGGCUCUCGGGGAGAAAAUUGCCGCCACUGGCGUCCUCAGCUGAAGAGCUAAGCCCCGCUGUUUCCUCCCCCACCUCCCUAUCAUCACUGUUCAUUGCUCUGUUGUGAACCGUGAUUCCUUCCAAACGAUUCGCUUUAGAGUACUAUGGCAAUGCAUGAUAUGAGUCGUGCCAAGGGUUUCCCCUGUAAAGAGUGUGAUAUGGUUUGCCCGAGUACUCCAAGUCUUCUAGAGCAUAUGAAAGCACAUUACCAGCAAGAAGAGAACGGACGUUUUGAGUGUGAACAGUGUGGCCGAAUUUACAAGCACGCAGCCAGCCUAGCUAAUCAUAAAAAGUCUCACGAAGUGGGUUCAUUCCAGUGUCCUGUUUGCACCCGAACCCUGCCCAACGCAGUAGCUUUGAAGAAUCACCUACGUAUCCAUACAUUGUCCCCCAGUAGUGCACACACAGAAGAAGAGAGUGAAGAAGUACCUGAAGAAGAGGUCCACGACGAGAGGGACUACGGCCUCGCCCAGGACCUGUCGGACGGGUUUGGGCGCUCUCAUUUGAAUAAUAGUGGUAUAGGACAUAGUGUGCUACAAAGUCACGAGACAGACGACCACGGAAAGAAAGGCUCCCCUGAAUCCGACAACGCUUGGGACAGACCGUUCAAGUGCGACCAGUGUGACAGAACUUACCGGCACCACGGUAGCCUUGUGAACCAUAAGAAGUGUCACCAACAAGGAACUUUUAAGUGCUCUGUGUGUUUUAAACAAUUUAGCAACCUGGCUGCCUUAAACAGCCACGAGCGAACUCACUCGAAGUUCAAGACUCCAGGGGCAUCCAUGGUGAGCAGCAGCAGUAGCAGCAGCAGCCUCCAUGACUCGGAGCGCAGCAGCGGCACCCAGUCAUCCCAAAGCGACAACACGGCCGCCUGUUUCUGCCACCUGUGUCAGGUAACGCUGCCGAGUAAGGCUGACUUCCAGGAGCACAUCCUGUUGCACAACUCGGCCACGCCCUCCCUCGGCCUGCCGAGAAGUUUCCCAGGAAUCAUGCCUCACAAUCUGAGUGCGGUUCGAUCCCCAACGUACACCCCAGCUCUGGGUGACCCUCUUCCCCUGCCACCCUUGCCCAGUGACAAAAGAGGUCCCUAUGACCCCAUAAUGGGCCCUCCAGUCAACAAUCCCAUCUAUACAUGUGCGUACUGUGGGGCAGGACACCCAGACUUGGAGACCCUGAAAGUCCACUAUCUGACCCACGAUCCCCACCCUGCCUCCCAUGGCCAGGAUAGCUCUAUCCUCAACUCAGACACACUAAGUUCUGGAUCUCAGGGCUCGGUGUCUUCUCCUGGAGGCCGUGUGCCCCAGGCCAAUUCUCCAGAUGAUGGAGAGCGUCGCUUUAAGUGCGGGGAGUGCGGCAAAAGCUACCGACAUGCAGGAAGCCUGGUCAACCACAAACGCUGCCAUCAGACGGGCCACUACCAGUGUACCAUCUGCUGUAAGCAGUACCCUCACUUGGCAGCGCUGCACAGCCACCUACGAAGCCACAAAGGGCGUCCCUCCAACCAGCCUAUUAAUAAUGACAGCAAUGACUGGCUAUCUCCAGAGCCUCUAACUCUGGACUCACUGCCAGGAAACCUCAGUGAUGCUGCCCACUUUGUACCAGAUGGCGGCCACAGCAGCGGGUUGGAUUCCCUUGAGUUCCACGACCGCUUUGACGGCAGCUCACUUUCCCAGAGCAACUCUGCUCACCGUCAGGCUGACAGACAUGUGUGUGCCGACUGCGGUGAGAUGUACGGGGAUGUAUCUGGCAUCAAGUCGCACAUGUGUCCCCGCCGUGGCCAGCAGCAGCCACAACAGCAGCAGGGCAACAUGUCCAACGGUUUUAUAGGGAACAUGAACUACCACAGCUCCAGUGGAACCUCACUGCCCACUGGAAGCUCUAGUAGCCUAAAGGAAGGCAGCAGCCAACGACAGUACUCCCAGAGUGGAGGCAAGAGAAUGGGGAACAAUGACAAGGAUGAUGAGGAUGAUGGAGAGGUAUAUCAGUGCUCGGUGUGCGGCAACCACUACGCCAGCCUCAGAGCUCUCAGGAGCCACCUGCGUAGCCACGCCAAUAACCCCACAGGGGCAGGACCCUCCAACCUGGAGCAGGAUUGGAGGAUGAUCUGCUCCACAUGUGGGCAGAGCUUCUCCAGGAAGCAGGACCUCCUGAAUCACCAGCUAGUCCAUGGCCCCCAGAGGCCAGAUGGCCAGCAACCAGGUAUUGGAGGCAGCUCAGCUAAUGGCAAUGACAAGAUGGAUGGGCGCAACCACAUUUGUGUUGACUGUGGCAUGUUUUUUGCUGACCGUCACCAUCUGAUCACACACCUGUGCCCUGGUAAGAAUCGGGCCAGCUCACUGAGCAAGCAGCAGGGCCUGAAUGGAGCCAAAGGGAUGUCUGGAGGAGAUGGCGUUGGUGGUGGAGUCGCUGGAGGAAGCCGUGAUGUUGGUGGCGAUGGACGGAGGCCAAUGGUUGACCAAAGUGACAAACCCCAUAAGUGUGACCAAUGUGGGCGAGGAUACAGACACCCCUGCUCCCUCCUUAACCACAAAAAGUCCCAUAAGACUGGUGUUUUCCGCUGCUUGGUGUGCCAGAAACGCUACUACAAUCUGCUGGCUCUCAAGAAUCACCAAAGGACCCACUUUGACUUGAAGAGGCACAAGUGUGAAGAAUGCGGCAAGGCCUUCAAGAUCCAAAAACAGCUGAUUAACCACCUCCGUCUCCAUGAAGAGCACCGGGCCAAAGGCCUUGUUCGAACUGGUCCCAAUGGUUCCCGCUUCCAGCAGCCUGGCCCGUCUCAAAUGCAGACUAUGAGAGGAGAGUCUUCGAAGGGUCAAGUAAUGGGUGUUAAAUACAGCCAUCAGGGGUUCAAAAAGCCCUACUCUUCAGCUGGAACUUCCAGGCCACAGAAGUUUGACCCAGCUGAAACUGGGCGGCGUCCUUUUGCCUGUGAAGAAUGUGGAAAGACAUACCGCCAUGCAGGCAGCCUGGCCAAUCACAAGAACCUCCACAAAAUUGGGGAGUACCACUGCAAUGUUUGCAACUCUACAUACCCCAACAGACUGGCUAUGAAAAACCACCUACGCCUCCACUUCGCUCAGAAGAAGCACAACUGCCAAGAGUGUGGCAAAGGCUUCCGCACUCAGAGGCAGCUAGCUACCCACACUACAGCCGGCCUGUGCAAAGGCCCACAGGGUCCUGGGGCCCAGAUGGAUUUUGAGUGCGAUGGCUGCUGUGAAGGCUUUGCCACGGCUGAUGAGCUUGCUGCCCACGACUGCCCAGCCCAGCACCUGCCUUCUUCCUCGUCUGCCAACAGCUCCACCAACAUCAGCAUGGAGAGAAGCUCCGUGGACCUGGACUCUGACGAGAGACCAUAUGCCUGUGACCUGUGCAGCUGUGCCUACAAGCAUGCAAGCUCCUUGCUGAACCACAAGCACACCCACAAGACAGGCAACUUCCGGUGCAACUUCUGUGACAAGCCCUACACCAACUACAUGGCUCUCCGCAACCACAUGCGCAUCCACACGCAACGGAAGAAGCACAUCUGCCACACGUGUGGGAAAGCCUUCCGGCUGGCCAGGUUCCUCCGCAACCACCAGAAGGUCCACGAGGAGGGCGCCACCCCUUUCGGCUGUCCCACCUGUGGGAAGAGUUUCCAGGGGAGAUCCGGUCUGGCCAGGCACCGCUGCGGGGACAACCAGGUAGGCAUGGAAGUCAGGAGGAAGGCCACUGCACCCACGGGAGAGGGCGAAGAGUGUCGGUACACAUGUGAUCAGUGCGGCCGCUCCUACCGCCAUGCCAGCUCCCUCCUCAACCACAAGAACACCCACACCGUCGGCAUCUACCACUGCGCUGUGUGCCUCAAGACCUACUCCAACCUGCUUGCCCUGAAGAACCACCGCCGUAUCCACUCUGAGACGCGGCGCCACCGUUGCCACGACUGCGGCAAAGCCUUCCGUGUUUCCUCCCAGCUCUACAACCACCGACGCGUCCACCAGAAGCAGCGGGAGCUGACCUGCCGGUCCUGCCAGCGCGCCUUCCCCACGCAGGCCAGCUUCAGGCUCCACAUGGAGAUCACCCACGGCCAGGCACCACAGCCUCGCCAGCCCAGAUCCCAGCAGCCCCGACCGGGGGGCUCCCAGGAGCUGGGCUGGGGGUCAGGCCUGGACCACACCUUGAUGCAAGAGCAAGGACUCAACCCCAACAGCAUGGCCAGAGCCCGCACCCGUGGGGGCAACAGUGAGGUCCUCAAAUCCCAUGUCUGUGACCAGUGUGGGCGGUCUUACCGCCACGCCAGCUCCCUGCUCAACCACAAAAACAGCCACAAGACCGGGACCUACUUCUGCAACUCCUGCCAGAAGGAGUUCCCCAACCUGAUGUCACUAAAGAACCAUCGGCGGAUCCACACCGAGCCCAAACGCUACCAGUGCCCCGACUGCGGCAAGUCGUUCCGUGUCUCAACCCAACUCAUCUGCCACCGCCGCAUCCACACCAAGGAGAAGCCGUUCUCCUGCCAGCAGUGUGACAAGCGCUUCUCCUCCAAGUCCAACCUGAGGCACCACAUGAAGGUGCACUGGAGCAGCUCGACGGCGCCCCCUCCCAUGGCCAUGGGUGCGCCCAACUUCCUGGAUCUCAGCCCGGUGGGUUCGACGAGCAGCUCCAAGAGCUAUGUCUGCAACCAGUGUGGGCGGUCUUACCGCCACGCCAGCUCCCUGCUCAACCACAAGAACAGCCACAAGACCGGGACCUACUUCUGCAACUCCUGCCAGAAGGAGUUCCCCAACCUGAUGUCCCUGAAGAACCACCGGCGGAUCCACACCGAGCCCAAACGCUACCAGUGCCCUGACUGCGGCAAGUCUUUCCGGGUGUCCACAGCGCUCAUCUGCCACCGCCGAAUCCACACCAAGGAGAAGCCAUUCUCCUGCCAGCAGUGUGACAAGUGCUUCUCAUCCAGGUCCAACCUGAGGCACCACAUGAAGGUGCACUGGAAACGUCCGCCGCUGUCCAGGGGAACACCGUCCGCCUUCCUCACCGUCCCCUCCAGACCUUUCCUUUAAAUGUCCGACCUCGCUGUUCUGACAUGUUGUCCUGAAGUGGUCCGGACCAGCAGAAAGACCUCAUAAAGGACCACAACCCCCGGGCCACAUUGUGUCUGAAGAAAACUGCAGCAAGGUGUUGCUUAAACGAAAGGUCUGAAUCUUAUAAGUAGCUGAAUACCUGAAACUAACUACUGAAUACUUCAUGUUGACAUUUAAAGUACAGUUCUUCUUUUUCUUGCCGAGUUAGAUGUUCAGAUUGAUUCCUCUCACAUGUCUGUUCACUAAAUAUGAAGCUAAAGCUAGCAGCAGGUUAGCUGAGCUUAGCAUUAAGACUGGAAACAGGGCAAACAGCUAGCCUAGCUCUGUUUCCCCAUGUUUCUAGUCUUAAUGCUAAGCUAAGCUAAGUAUUUAGCUUAGCUUAGCAUUAAGACUUGUAAGUGGAAUCAACAAACAUCUACUUCUAACAUUCCAACAUUCUGUAAGAAAGCAAAUAAGCUUAUUUCCCACAAUGUGAAUGAUUUUUCUCCAGGUUCACAAAUUGUGAUUUAAAAACUUCAAAUGUCUUUCUUGGAUCAUGUGACUGGAAAAACAUAUCCUGAUAGGACACAGCAGGUCUGAUUGAUUAUCCUUAGCAGCUCAAAUGUUAAAGUUGGAAUUUUUCAUCUUGAAUUUUGGCACCUGAAAUUUGAGUAGUUUGAGAUUUGUGAUGUUUUGACUUUUUGGAUCCAAAAAUGAUCAAAUUUAAAAUUUUUGAAAUGUUGAAUUUGAGUAACUUUACCAUUAUGAGUUUGUGAACCCUUAAAAUUUGAAUAAAAUAAACUUGCAAUGAAACUUGAAAUGCCUAAAUUCAGAAAAAGUGAAAUGUUUAAAUUCUAUAAAUUUCUAAAUGAAGUUUUCAGUAGUGAUUAAAUUUAACAAUUCAGUUUCUUAUAAGUUUCAAAUCCUUCCGGCCUUUUUUUGCUUCCAUAUUGCUCAAACAGAUGACCCCUUGCCAUAUUUCCUCUCCGUUGAAAACAAACAUGACACCUGGAAACUAAAGCUCUCUCUUCAUGAAAAACUGAAAUAUUGUGUUUUCUCACUGACUUCUUGAAACUCUCAGUUUCUUUCCAUUGAUGGUAAAAAGUACUCAAAGA